CGGUCGGGGGGUAGCAAAAAGGAUGCUCAAAAUAAUUUCGUGGUCUAAGUUUCAAGUCACUGUCGGUUCGUCUUCCACUCACUCUCAGAUCGCUUGGCUUUUUGGUGCUUUUAUCACAUUUCCUCUCGUAGCAAAUCCACCUUCCACAAUGGCGGAUGAUAAGAAAGUUAAGAAGACCAAGAAGAAGAAGGAGGAGGGAGAAGCUGCACCAGCUGAAGCUGCUCCAGCCGCCGAAGAAGCACCAAAAAGAGCGUCCACCCGGGAGUCGAAGAAGGCCAAGCGUACUGGCAGUAACAUCUUCUCUGCCUUCUCACAAAGACAGGUUGCCGAGUUCAAAGAGGCUUUCCAAAUGAUGGACGCUGACAAGGAUGGCGUCAUCGGCAAGAGCGAUUUGAGACAGACAUUCGACGCUUUGGGUAAAAUGGUCAGCGACAAAGAACUUGACGAGCUUUUAGGCGAAGCGACCGGACCCCUGAACUUCACCAUGCUUUUGACGCUCUUCGCCAACCGCAUGUCAGGCAGUGCAGAUGACGAUGAAGUUGUCAUCGCCGCUUUCAAAUCUUUCGAUGAUGGUGGCAAAAUAGACUCUGAAAAACUUCGUCAUGCAUUGAUGACAUGGGGUGACAAAUUCGCAGCAUCUGAAGUUGAUGAGGCAUUCGAUCAAAUGACAAUAGACGGUAGUGGAAAAAUUGAUACUCAGAAGUUGAUCCAGAUGUUGACCGCCUCGGCCGAGGAGGAGGAGGAGGAAGCCUAAGUAAUAAGAACACCACCACCAAACCACCAUCCAACAUAAUAACUCAAAAAACCAGUCAUUUAAUUGUUUAUCUAAAUACUACUAUAUACAUCUUCAUCUUGCUUACCUCAGUCAGAAGUGUGAAACAACAAGCAACGUCAACAUCGCCGUAUCGAAAGAACCGACCGAUCGUAUUGUCAUCUCUAUAAAAAAAUCAUAUCACGAUAUGAAAAAAGCACAGACACACACUUUAUAAAAAAUUAUUAUUCAAUUCAAUCGAACAUCGGGAGAACGAACCACUUAGAAAAAUAAUAUUGUUCCACUUUCUGUCGAACAUCCAUCAUUCAUCCAAUAUGCUGGUAAAAAAAUCUUUAAAGCUACUUCUACUAUUAUGAUAAUAAUAAUUUCUCUACACACAAUCCUCAGCCACAAUUAUGUUCAGUUAUUAUUGUUAUCAUGAUUUCCACUCGAAAACAAAAAAGGGUUGUUCAGUGCAUCUCCAAGAUCCACAUCGUUGUGCUGUAUCAUAACUCUCGUUAACCUUUAACGUAACAUUCUCCGUUGAAGAAAAUCUUAUUAUUUUAUUUCCAUCAGAGAAUAAAAAAGUGAACAUCUACCAAACAAACAACUUAUACAACUUUUAUCAUCCAUCUGAAUUUAUAUUAUUCAAUCAAUGUUGAUAUGCUAUAUAACUUAUCUUACAGUUAUCAAAUGCCGGAAAGCCAUUAUAUUUAUAGCCAAGCAAUUUUGUGAGGCAAUCAAUUAAACUCCAUCAAGUUACUUAAAAACCCAAGACUCUUAUUACUUCUUUGUUUCUUCAGCAGGAGCAGUUGCUCUGUCCCUCUUUCUCUUGUUCAUAUUACUACUCAUACUACAAUACAAUGGUACUCUUUGAAUGAUUGUGUUAUGAAAAAUGGACGCAACAGGUAGACGAGAUUGAUUAUUAUUAUUACGCCAUGACAAUUAUUAUAUGUUAAUAAAGCGUUUAAUGUUCAUGAG